GUAGGCAUGAUAGUUCCCAUUUGAUAGACGAGGAAACCUGGAACCCAAAAACCUGCUAAGCUGACAAGAAACCCCCUCAGAGGCCUCAGCAGCCAGAAAAAUGCGUUGGGUCCAGUGCCCUCAAGUCCGCCAAGGACGGGGCUGGCUUUAGAGACUCACAGACUUGGGAGAUAGGACUGGCCAAGGGUACCUGGUUUUUCCGCUCUGGAGAUGGUUCUUAACCACAGGCCACACUUCACAGCCUCAUCUGGGCCUCGGGAGCCCCAGAGGGCACAGCUCUGGGCAGGAGACACAGCAGGUGGGCCCCUCCCUUGGCAGGGCGGGCUCGAAUCAGGCAGGGUGCUCCUAGCUUUGUCACCGGACACCGAAGGGCGUCACGGGCAGUGGCUGGCUGUGUCCUUCUGAGCUAAGCUGGGUCCUGACCUUUCACACUACCCUCCUAACUUCCACGACUCUGUCACCGCCUUACGGAGGAGCUGAAGUCACAGACACAGCAAGGUUGGGGUCCGGCACCGAAAGUAUCCAGUGGUAGACAGCGGAACCCUUAAGAAACGGACGCCUUCAUGCGGGCGGCUGGAGAAGCAGGGGCUGGGCACCGCAGCAACCACGCUUCGGCUCAGACACCGGGAGGGAAGCACGCCUGGAGCGGAUCCGAGACUACUGAGAGGUGCUAGGACUGGCUGUGGGCGCAGGCCGAUCCUUACAUUCGAGGCCGGCCCAGCUCUGUAGCUUCCCUCUCUGGGCCUCUCACUCUCGCAGGACCUCGGUGGGAGCGCGCACAUGGCGGUGGGGCCGCGGGCCCGAGCCCGGACUGGCCACCGGGGGCGCCCGCGAGCUGACGCUCUGGCCCGCUCCAGUCUCUGUGGCCCGCGCGACCUUCCGGCCCUGGGGCCGGUGGCCGCGGGGCUCCAGCGACGCCGUGUGGCCCAUGCUCCGCUCUGUGCCUCCAGGGGGCCGAGAAACUGCUGAGAGUCCGGCCCGGCCGGCGGUGCGGGGCGCGGGCCGAGGGCCCCGGAAGGCAGCGGCCCCCCAAGGCAGCGGCCCCGCCCUCUUUACCUGCGGCCUCGCAGAGCAUGCUGGGAGCCGCGGGAGGCAGUGGCCCCGCCCCCUCACCUGCGGUCUCGCAAAGCAUGGUGGGAGCCCCGGGAGGCAAUGGCCCCGCCCCCUUCCCUGCGGCCGCGCAGAGCAUGCCGGGAGCCGCCGGCGUCCGGAUCGCUCGCCCCCGUUUGGACCCCACUUCGGUUCUUCUGGGGUGUUGAUGCUCCUAAAGCUCGAGAGCACGUGUCCAGACCCUAGCCUGUACGACGCUGACUCUGCCAGGUCCCAGAACCAAAGCCAUGCCGGGGUGUGGCCUCUGACCCCACGCGGAGGAGACCUCGCCUUGCCGGACCCCGCCUGGAACCCGACCUCCCGGCCUCGCAGCCGGCCUGAGCCGCCAUGCGCGGGAAGUUGCUGCCGCUGGCCGGCCUCUACCUGGUGCAGGGCCUGCCCUACGGGCUCCAGUCUGGCCUCCUGCCCGUGCUGCUGCGUGCCGGCGGCCUCUCCCUGACGCGCGUGGGGCUGGCCAAGGUUUUGUACGCUCCGUGGCUGCUCAAGCUGGCGUGGGCCCCGGUGGUGGACGCGCAGGGCUCGGCGAGGGCCUGGCUGACGCGCAGCACGGCGGGCCUGGGCCUGGUGUGUGGGCUGCUUGCCGGGCUGCCCCCGCCUGGAGCUGGCCAGGCCGGGCUGCCCGCCGCUGUGGCAGGGUUGCUGCUGUUGUUGAACCUGGGUGCCGCCAUGCAGGAUGUGGCCCUGGACGCGCUGGCUGUACAGCUGUUGGAGCCGGCCGAGCUGGGGCCAGGCAACACCGUGCAGGUGGUCGCGUACAAGCUGGGGGCCGCGCUAGCUGGGGGCGCGCUGCUGGCGCUGCUGCCCACCCUCUCGUGGCCGCAACUCUUUCUGCUCCUGGCUGCCACCUACUGGCUGGCCGCGGCCCUGGCCUGGGCUGCACCAGCCCUGCGGCGGCUCCCACAGCAGCCCCCUUGCGAGCAGCGUCCCCACACCGCGCACCUUCUGCGGGACGUGCUAGCCGUGCCGGGGACCCUGUGGACGGCAGGCUUUGUGCUCACCUACAAGCUGGGUGAGCAGGGUGCCAACAGCCUGUUUCCUCUUCUCCUGCUGGACCACGGCGUUUCUGCCCCCGAGUUGGGACUGUGGAAUGGUGUGGGUGCUGUGGUCUGCUCCAUCGCUGGCUCCUUUCUGGGUGGGACCUUGCUGGCCAAGCACUGGGAACUGCUGCCUCUGUUGAGGUCAGUGCUGCAGUUCCGCCUUGGGAGCCUAGCCUGCCAGACUGCCUUGGUCUUCCACCUGGACACCCUGGGGGCCAGCAUGGACCCUGGCACAAUCUUGAGAGGGUCAGCCUUGCUGAGCCUAUGUCUGCAGCACUUCUUGGGAGGCCUGGUCACCACAGUCACCUUCACUGGGAUGAUGCGCUGCAGCCAGCUGGCCCCCAGGGCCCUGCAGGUCAUGGGGGCUGCCUCAUUGGCGAGGAAGGCCCAUAAAAACAAAGUGAGCACUUUUUAUUCUGCAUUUUGAAGCCUCCUCGUCCCCACACCCUGUGGCAGGUUUUGCCCAGGUCCUCAGUCACUGCCCUAGCCUCUGACAACCCCAGCUCUACCCGACAUCCCCCAACGCAGUGCAGUCAGCGGGCCACCCGCAGGAGCUCUUCCGUGGCCAGGCCCACCAGGGCGUGGAAGCUCAGGUGCAGGUAUUUUCUCCAGAAGCGCCGGUCCUGCCCGUACACCUGGGCCGGGUAGCAGGGGCUUCCUACGGUGGAGCCAAGACACAGCCGCCAAGACACAGCCGUGAGCCCCAGACCCAGCCUGCAGUGGGUGGAGCCUCCCAGGCCUCACCUGCCCCAGCCCCCAGCCCCAGCCUGCAGCGGGUGGGGCCUCCCAGGCCUCACCGAUGCCGUGGAAGAUGCGGGCCACAGCCCUGCCCGAGAACUUCUCCUCUGGCCUCAGGGACAGGAACUGGCGGAUGUCGCAGCGGACCUGGUCUUCCCAAUCCUGGAGCUGUGUGGACAGGCACAUCAGGCUUCCUCUGAGCUCCCAUGGCGCUGCAUCCACACAGCAAGCCUCAUGCAGCCCAAGGAACCUGCAACCCCGAUGAACUGCCUGGCCUUACUGCACUCACUCUGGCCUGCCCUGGCUCGGGGCCCUGUGCGUCCUCCAUGCCUCCUGGCCCCUGUGCUUCCUCUUCCUCAAAGUAGCGGCCCAGCAGGUCCUUGAGCCUGGUGCUGCGCUCCUCAUCCUGCUGCUCCAGGCAGGGCCCGCAGCUGGGGAAGGCUACGCUGUGGGGAGGAGCCUGUCAGAGCUGAUCACUGCGGGGGGGUGGAUGGUCCCAGGCCCUGCCCGCCUCCUCCCAACCUGCGAAAGGCCUGGAAGGUUCUCCGCAGACGGGCCAGGGCCUGGUGCUCCCGGGCCUGCACACGGCCAUAGAGGAAGUCACAGAUCUGGUCCUUUUCCUCAGCGGUCAGGUCUCCUGGACUGCGAAGGUGGAAGGCCAGCCCACUGAACUCCACAAGCACCCCUGUCCCACGUUGCACACCUGCCGGAAAGCAUGUCAGAUGCAGGCAGGCAGCAUCCAGGGCGGUGUGGGGUGGGAAGAGGCGCACCUGUCCUGGGCUCGUGGUCCCACUGCAGCUGGCAGAGAGCCCGCCGCACAGAGGCCAGCUCCCAACCCAUGGUGUCCACCAGCUUGACCAUGUCAAACUCCACGGAGCUGCUGCCUUGCUCUGGGUCCUCAGGCAGCUGCUGGGCCAAGCACACAGCCAAAGGGGGACACCUGUGCCCAGGGAAAAGGGGACAUGUGGCCAACAGCCCUGAUUCUCCAACCUUAUCUCCAACUCAGGGCAGGGUGUGCUUACCUGUGGGCUAGGGCCUGGAGCUGGGCCGGGCCCCCAGGGCAGUUCAGACGGCAAUGGGUAUAGGUGGUCGCCAUCAGCUCCAGCCAGUGGUGUGGGUGCAGCUCCAGGUAGCAUAGCAAAGUCUCGAUGGCUGGGGGCAGAGCAGGGCUCAGGAGAUGCGAGGAUGGCCCAUCCCCACCCCUGUGGCUUACCCCAGGUUCCUCACCCUCCUCCGGCAUGUCCAGAGCCUGUACGGUAAGCUGUAUUGGGAGUGCCCGCUCAUGGCCCAUGCAGGCCCUUCUAGGUCCUGGGGUUGCUUGGUGGCCACCAAGCUGCUCAGCCUCUUCAGCGGGGUACUUGGGCACAGGCCUCUCCCCACCCACGGCCCCUUCCUGCUCCAGGGGCGGCCUGGUGCACGUGCAGGCUGGGAACACGCACUGUACCAGCCUCUUCACAGCCAGGAAGUCCGUGCUGUCGGCGUGCACGUGUCUGCGCAGCUCUCGCAGGUCUUCACCCUGCAGGGCAACUUUCAUGAGGGUGGGGUGGAGCACUAGGGGCUUGAGCACUGGCAUUUGGGGGGGGUGCCAACCUGGGGCUGUAGGAAGAGGUGGCAGUGGGCAGGCUGCCCGUCACGCCCGGCCCGGCCCACGGCCUGCACGUAGCUCUCGAAGCUUGGCGGCAGCCCCAGAUGCAGCACAGCCCGCACAUCUGGCCGGUCCAGCCCCAUCCCGAAGGCCACCGUGGCCACCACCACCCGCAACUGGCCCUGCAUGAAGGCCCGCUGUACCCGCCGCCGUUCCUGGCUGCACAUGCCUGCGUGGUAGGCCUCAGCCGUGGUUUUGGGGGCACGACCUUUGGGGAAGACAGGCAGGUGGUCAGUGGGAUGGGGCCAUGGGUGCCCAAGGUGGGUCCAUGGGGACACCAGCCCUGUCCACGCCGUACCUCCAGACCCUGGGACCCGGGCUGUGUGCAGGCAGGUUCGGAGGAGCGCAGCAAUCCGCUCUGUGUCCUCGCGCCGGUUGCAGUAAAUGAUAAUGGAAUCCA